GGGAUUUUGCGUGUAACUUUACGCUCGUGCCGGACAGCUGCCACCACUGGACUCGGACUGAGCCGAACUGUCGUUCCUGUGAUGCCCCAGGGCGGGCUGAGCUGGUCAGGGUUGCGAUGCCUUAUGUGGACCGACAGAAUCGCAUCUGCGGCUUCCUGGACAUCGAGGAGAAUGAGAGCAGCGGCAGGUUCCUGCGCCGAUACUUCAUCCUGGACACUCAGCAGGGCAGCCUGCUGUGGUACAUGGACAACCCACAGAAUCUGCCUAAAGGUGCGGAGAAGGUGGGAUCUCUUAAACUCACCUACAUCUCCAAGGUCAGUGAUGCCACCAAACUCAGACCAAAGGCCGAGUUCUGCUUUGUUAUAAAUGCAGGAAUGAGGAAGUUUUAUCUGCAGGCCAAUGACCAGCAGGAUCUGGUGGAAUGGAUCAGCGUUCUCAACAACGCCACCAAGAUCACUGUGCCAAAGCCAGGCGAGGGCCACGCCGGCCACACAGAGACUCCCCAGGAAGUACUUGGAGCCAUGAAACAGGUCUCCUACAAGACUGAAAUCAUAGGUGGAGUCCCUAUCAUCACUGCUACACAGGAGCAGGGGGAGGGGCAUAACGAGGCGGAGCGUGGGGGCUUGAAGCGAGGUCAGAAUCACCUGCCCUACUACCUGUCCAGAGGAGCGCAGGACCAGGCCAUCAUCAAGGCCGGAUACUGUGUCAAACAGGGGGCUCUGAUGAAGAAUUGGAAGAGGAGGUACUUCAUGCUGGAUGAAAACGCUGUCAGCUACUACAAAUCUGACCUGGAGAGGGAGGCGCUGAGAGUCAUCCCGCUGAAGGAGAUCCACAAAGUGCAGGAGUGCAAACAGAGUGAGCUGAUGAUGAGGGACAACCUGUUUGAAAUGGUCACAGGCUCCAGAACUUUCUACAUACAGGCUGACAGUCCAGAGGACAUGCACAGCUGGAUUAAGGCCAUCUCAGGGGCGAUCGUUGCUCAGCGCGGCCCCGGACGCUCCGCUAACUCUGUCCGUCAGGCCAGGAGGCUGUCCAGCCCUUGUAUACAGAGGUAUACGCCGUUCUGCGGUGGUGAAUGCAGCACCGUUCCUGACUCCCGGCAGAACUUCGCCAAACCAAAGGAACGCAGCGAUCACUCCUCAUCCUCUCCGACAUCCUACUCCACCUUCUACUACCCCUGUGGCCCGGAACCACACCACCCACAAUCCUCCUCCGUCGGCGCCACCGCGCGCCCUCAGCUUCACGCUGGACACGCACCACCAGGACAACUUCGUGGGCCUGCUCCCGUGGAGGCUAAGCGGCGUCCAGACCGUGAUGAUGCCUCUCCCGUCGGCGCGCUCCCGCCUGUCGCUGCAGGAGACGCUGCACUCUUCCAAAUAACGGAGGAGGACGACGACGACGAAUCCCCGUGGAAACAGCACAGCGAAAUGGCCCAGUGGGGGUUCGCCGGCAGCCGUGGCGGGGACCAGCUGAACAGUCAAACCACUGAGAACACCGACCGGCAGAUUACUCUGAUUUGACGAUGAUGAUCAACGAGAACACACACACACACACACACACACACACACACACACACACACACACACACACACACACACACACACACUUCUACACAGGCUCCAUGUGAUGAGACUGCUCUGUGUGUUUCGGAAACUACCUGACUGGCUAAAAUGAGCCGUCUACAAAAAUUCCUGGGGGCCAUUUUAGUUUGUACGUGUGUGCACAUGUGAAAGAGGACCUUCUUCCGCUGCUGUUUUUUCGAUAACUCUUUACUUGAAGGUAUCUACAUAAGAGUGACAUGACACUGUUAUCAACACAUGAACCCUAACCGUAGCCGACCUGUCGGACGCCAGUGUGAGGUCAAAAUGACGUAGCUCUCGCUGGCCUCGCCUGGAUUUUGAGUGCGCGAGCAGAGGUCGUGCAUGACAGUAUUUUUUUCAGCGGCGGAAACAGGAAGCAUGGACGAGUUUGAGGGCAGCCAGAUGCCAGGACUCUCAGAGUGACUGCCAGUCUCUCUGGUAAACUUACUGGGUUAAGAUCA